GCGCCGGGGAUCCCAGGCCUGCACCGGGUAGUUUAACAUGGGUGCCUCCAGCUCCUCGGCUCUGGCUCGCCUCGGCCUCCCCGGGCAGCCGCGGUCCACCUGGCUCGGCGUCGCCGCGCUAGGACUGGCCGCGGUGGCGCUGGGGACCGUGGCCUGGCGUCGCGUGCGUCCCCGGCGGCGCCGGCGGCUGCAGCAGGUUGGGACAGUGUCGAAGGUCUGGAUCUACCCGAUCAAGUCCUGCAAGGGGGUGUCGGUGUGCGAGACCGAGUGCACGGCCAUGGGGCUGCGCUGCGGCAAAGUGCGCGACAGGUUUUGGAUGGUGGUUAAGGAAGAUGGACACAUGGUCACCGCCCGCCAGGAGCCUCGCCUUGUGCUGGUCUCCAUCACCUUGGAGAACAAUUAUCUGACCCUCGAAGCUCCAGGCAUGGACCAGAUGGUUUUGCCUAUCAAGCUGCCUUCUUCGAAUAAGAUCCACGACUGCAGGCUAUUUGGUCUUGACAUUAAAGGCAGAGAUUGUGGCGAUGAGGUAGCGCAGUGGUUCACCAACUACCUGAAGACAGAACCCUACAGGUUGGUUCAGUUUGAUACCAGCAUGAAAGGGAGGACAACAAAGAAGCUCUACCCUUCGGAAGAUUACCUUCAGAAAUAUGAGGUAGCCUACCCAGACUGCAGCCCUAUCCACAUGAUUUCUGAAGCCUCCUUAGUCGAUCUUAACACCAGACUGAAGAAGAAAGUGAAGAUGGAAUAUUUCAGGCCAAACAUUGUGGUGUCAGGCUGCGAGGCUUUUGAGGAGGAUACUUGGGGUGAACUCCUAAUUGGUGAUGUAGAGAUGAAAAGGGUGUUGAGCUGCCCCAGGUGCAUUUUGACUACAGUGGACCCAGACACUGGGAUCAUAGACAGGAAGGAGCCGCUGGAAACCCUGAAGAGCUACCGCCAGUGUGACCCUUCUGUGAAGAGUUUGUACCAGACGGCCCCACUUUUUGGGAUGUAUUUCUCAGUGGAAAGAAUUGGAAGCCUGAGAGUCGGCGACCCUGUGUAUCAGAUGGUGGAUUAGUGGACCCAGUCGGGUGACAUGCUUCCAGGUCCUAGGAGAUACACCUGCGAGUCCUAACUGCCAGCCACGACAGUCUUCCUGAAAACGAACCUCCACUUUUCCUUCAGAGCUUCGGAUGCCCUGAGUUAAUUUGAGAAAGUACCAGAGGUGGUUUGAGAAUGUGAGGGUGAAUAAAUUUUAGAUAGUCCUGCUUUUAAAAAUAAAUUAAAUUGUGUGUAUGAUGAUUCUGAAAAUACUCCCAAUAUCACCUUUUCUAAUUACUGCCUUUAAUAUUGCUGAGUAAAGAAAGUUUGGAGUCAACUGAAAAGCUGCCACAUUUUUUAAGGUUUAUACUUUUUAAUGGGGAUAUUGUGUGCGGGAAAUGGGAAAACUAGUCCUCAUGAUCUUAUGUGCUCACAGAUGCCUGUUCUUGGCCUGUCUGUUGAGUCCUGCUGAGUUUUCAUUUAUGGCUGUCUUUGCCUUACAGAGUCAGGGUUCUGCUUAAAUGUAGAAAUGAUUUCAUAGAUCAUGGGGUUAUUUUGUUCAUAGACAGUGUCUUUAUAUUUUCCUUCUGAUUCUAUUAACAUAUAUAAAAUUUAUCUCUAAUUGUCAACUUCUCUAAUUCUACAAGAAAAUAGAAUUUAAAAGCAUAGAAUCUUCAGAAGUAGGAAUGAGCAAGAGAAACCAUGAACACAUUUUUUAAUGUUCAUAUCUAUUUUUCAUAACAAAGAUGAACUAGCUUGCUAUAAAAAGUAAUGUAACAUAUAAAUGAGUUAGCCCACUUAAAA